UUCUUUCAGCGCGUGCUAUACCUGCGUGAGUUCAAACCUAUCGCAGACGCGGAGUUGAUAGUUAGAAAUCACAGAAAACAUGGCUAACAUCGAAAAAGAAAUACCGAAGAUUGAUCUUGCUGUCUUAGGUUCAUGUAAUUCUGGCAAAACAGCGCUUUGCAAAAGGUUUGCGAAACUGGGAUAUGAAGAUUUUUGGAACCCUACUAUAUUUGAUGAUUUCACCUGUACAUUUGAAUAUGGAGAGGAACAAUACGAAGUGAAUAUUCUUGACACAGCUGGCAACGAAGACUUUCUUACUCUUACAAAAAAAGUAUUGAAUGACAGAUCAUAUAUAGAUGGUAUCCUCUGUGUGUAUGAUGCAUCAAGAGUAAAUAAUUGGGAAGAAGCAGAGUUUAUCUUGGAGAUGUGCUAUACAAAGACACUUAUAGACAGAAUAGGUGACCACGGGAUGAUGAUUGUUGGGAACAAAUGUGAUUUGGAAAGAAAAGGGACUUUCCAAGGAGGUGAAAAGCUUGCUCAGAAGUAUGGAGCAUACUUCUUUAAAGUCAGCGCCAAAACAAACGCCAAUGUCCAAGAAGCAUUUUACACUUUAUGCAGAGAUGCAGUUUACAGGAAAUAUGGAAAGAAGAAAGACAAGACUACUAGAAUUUUCCAACGACUUCUUCAGCCGAUUUAUGGCGCAAAGACACAUGCAGCCACAUCGGUUCCAGAGGAGUUCCAACCUGAUCCGUACGCGUUACAUGUGUUUGAGAGAGCUUUGAGAGACGGAAAAGAAAAAGAUCGGUCAAUUAGAAUCAACAUCGUUGGCAAUUAUAGACAAGGUAAAACAUCACUGGUGAGAAGGCUUUUAGGAAAGAAAGUAACUGAUGUUUCUAGUACAGAUGGUAUAGAUGUCAUUCAUUACAACUGUCAUCGUACAGAGGAUGGCAAACUUUCUUUAAAAAAGAAUGUAAAAAAAAGCUAAAUCUGACAUUGUAGAACGGCUGGUUUCAGUUGCUUUGGCAAAUGCACAUCUAAACGAUGUACCAAGUAUUACAAACACAGAAAUUUAUCAGAGACAAGCUAAAUUCAGUACGUUAACAACUACAUGUGAGACAAGAGAGUCACACGGUUCUCAGAUGGUUGAGAAACGCAAGGAAGAACAAACAAUCACAGACCUAUAUCCAACUCAGCAGGAAAAGAUGGACUCAUCUUAUAUGGAUAAAUCUCCCAACGUUACAUAAAACAGCUUUCAAGGUUUGAAAAUAGGAGCAAAAUGUCAGUGCUGUCUGUAAAAGAGACGGAAACAUUUGAAAGAGAAAUAACUAAAAACAAAUCAAAGACCUUGAACAAAGAAACCAAAACAUUCUUUGACAUAUGGGAUUUCGGCGGACAACAAAUAUUCUACGCCACCCAUACGUUAUUUCACAGUAAAAAUUCGAUUUAUCUACUGGUAUUUGAUCUGUCCUUGGAAUUAAAGAGCGUAUUUGUUGAUGGAGAUUUUCAAGAAAAUUCUGAUGACAAAGA